CCCACGCUCAUUCCUACCUCACAUCUCCCUCCAUCACCAUAACACAUCAUGUCGGACUCUCUCAUCUACCGAGGCUCUCUCGCCGCCCACAAGGGCUGGGUCACCUGCAUCGCCACCUCGUCUGAGAACCCAGACAUGCUCGUCAGUGGUUCUCGUGACAAGACCCUGAUCGUCUGGUCGCUCACCCGUGAGGACGGACAGUACGGAUACCCCAAGAAGAUCCUCACUGGUCACUCCCACUUCGUCUCCGACGUCGCCCUCUCCUCCGACGGACAGUUCGCUCUGUCUUCGUCCUGGGACAAGACCCUCCGACUGCACGACCUCAACACCGGUACCACCACCCGUCGCUUCGUCGGCCACACCGGUGACGUCCUCUCGGUCUCCUUCUCUGCCGACAACAGGCAGAUUGUCUCCUCUUCUCGUGACCGCACCAUCAAGCUGUGGAACACCCUCGGAGAGUGCAAGUUCAACAUCACCGAGGACGGCCACUCCGAGUGGGUCAGCUGUGUCCGAUUCAGCCCCAACCCCUCCAACCCCGUCAUCGUCUCUGCCGGAUGGGACAAGGUCGUUAAGGUCUGGGAGCUGUCCAAGUGCAAGCUGAAGACCAACCACUACGGUCACACCGGCUACAUCAACACCGUCACCGUCUCCCCCGAUGGAUCUCUCUGCGCCUCUGGUGGCAAGGACGGUGUCACCAUGCUCUGGGAGUUGUCCGACGGCAAGCACCUCUACUCUCUCGAGGCCGGUGACACAGUCAACGCCCUGGUCUUCUCGCCCAACCGAUACUGGCUGUGCGCUGCCACUGCCUCGUGCAUCAAGAUCUUCGACCUGGAGUCCAAGUCGAUUGUCGAUGAGCUGCGCCCCGAGUUUGUCGGCGUCGGCAAGAACUCGCCCGACCCAGAGUGCCUUUCGCUCGCCUGGUCUGCCGAUGGAUCUACCCUGUUCGCUGGUUUCAGCGACAACCAGAUCAGGAUCUGGUCCGUCUAAAUGCUCAGCGACUGUGCUCGUUUGAGCCGCAUGAUCUACGUCUAGAGCGUGGCUCCAUGUCUGCUCUCGCGGCUGGUCUGCGGCUCAUGAGCUCUUCAUGUCUCUGUCAUCUUUUCCCCCUCUCGCAUCCCCUUAUGGCCCUGGAAAAUGGUUGGUGGUGGUUUGCCGACUUCGCCGCGUGCGAUGCAUUCUGUAACUCAAAAUCAAUUUUUGCCAUGCGCAACUCCCUG